UGCAAGUACUUUUCUUGACUAAACUCUUAUAAAGUAGGAUAGCAAACAAACUGGCUUGACUGAAAACUAAAACUCAACUACAAUAAUUUUAUAACAAUGUCUGACAAACUCAUUAAGAUUUACUUUACUGGUGCAAGCGGUUACAUCGGCGGCGCUAUUCUUCACGAAUUGAUUGAUUCCAUUGAGCCCGGUUACAAGUUUGAAUUUACCGCCUUGGCUAGAAAUGAGCACAAGGCUGUUGCUUUAGAGAAAGCUGUGCUUCGUCCAAACUUUCAUACAGUCAUCGGUAAUCUUGGUGACCAAGAACUCACCAAUAAAAUGGUCAACAACCAUGAUGUUAUUAUUGAUACAGCUGAUGUUGACAAUGUUGAAAACGCCAUUGCAUUAUCAAAAGCAUUGAAGGCAAAGUCAAAAACAGCGAGCAAACCAACAAUUCUCAUCCACACGUCCGGAACUAGUGUCAUUGGCGUCAUGUCUACAGCAACUAACCCAGGGCCUGUAAACAAAGUUUAUUCCGAUUUGGAAAACAACUUUGAGUUAAACCGCUUACCAUCUCAGCAGCCGCACAGACCUGUUGACGAAAUUAUUCAAGAGAUACAAGCGCAGGUUAAAAACGUGCGCACAGUUGUAGUAUGCCCUCCAACUAUUUUUGGAAUUAGCAAGGGCUACAUUCAUCGGGAUUCAAUCCAAGUUCCCAGUCUUAUCCGUGCCACGUUAAAAAAGAAGCAAGCAUUUACUGUGUUUUCCGGAGAUAAUACAUGGAACCUAGUUCAUAUUGAUGAUUUGGCCAAACUAUACCAUAUUCUUUUGUUGAAAUUGCUUGCCGGUGAAGACAUACCUACAGGAAAGAAAGGUUACUACUUUGCUGAAAAUGGUUUCUUCGCGUGGAAGGAAGUAGCACAACGAAUUGCUGAAGUAUUGCACAAACACAACUUACUUCCAAACGCAGAUGUUACGAGUAUUGAACCACAAGAAGCGGCUAAUCUUCUUAAUGAUCCCUUUGCUCCCAUGUUAUGGGGAACCACAUCACGUUGUAAAGCGGAACUCGGACGAAAACUAGGCUGGAUUCCAGCUCACGGAAAGAAAGACUUCCUUAAUAGCAUUGAGGACGAACUCAAAUAUCGUUCUUUACAUAAACCGCUCUAAUUGCAUUAGUUAUUAAAGUCAAUUAGUAACCAAAUAUAAUAACGAACUAGAUAAAAGCUUUAAAGCUGUGAACCUAAAAUUUUGAAUAUAACAUACUGAAAAAAAUAAAACAAAACCGCGAAUAAAACAGCAAACAUAAUUUUUAGUUAUCGAAGUGAUUUACAUUAGCAAAUACUCGACUUACAAAGCAAGGAGCAAAAGCA